CGCAAAAACGACGCCCAGAGCGACGCUACUGUUAGACAUCGAGGAUGAAGAGCGGGUAAUUAGCUCACAUGCUAUAACGCGAUAGCAGCUAACGGACACAUGGUUCAUAAGUGUUGCAGCUCAGAGUCGGCGUGAGCGCGAUCGGGACGAGACGCCGUUAUCAGUGUGUGAGCGGCGACAGGAACAUCAGCUCAGAGACGUAACCAGAAAACACUCCGGCUGCUUUACCGAGCCGUGUGUGUGUGUGUGUGUGUGAGAUCCGAUUCCUCACCCUGACGACGAUGAGAUUAAACUGGAGUCUGUGUUUAUUAUUCUCACAUGAAGACUGAAAGGAUGAUCUCAGGUUUCGCCGUAGCUGCGAUUCUCCUCCUCGUGAGAAGCGUCUCGUCUUCCUGCAGCUGCUCGAGGUCGGCGUCUUCAGGCCUGAGUUUUAACUGCAGCUCUCAGGACCUGGACCGAGUUCCUGACGUUCCGCCGAUCACCACCGAGCUUUAUCUACAGCACAACCACCUGAUCACGGUUCCUCCAGGAUUCUUCGACACGUUACCGAAGCUCCGCCUGGUGGAUCUGUCAGGGAACCCCUUCCACUGCAGCUGCAACAUUCAGUACCUGAGAGCCUGGCUCCUCAACAACCAAGGUGUGAGCACAGCUCAUCCUACGUGUUCGACACCGCCGUCUCGGGCACGCAGAGCAAUCGCGAGUCUUGACGACACAGAGUUCUCGUCCUGCGCGAGUAAGCCGUGCCCCGGCGUGGGGUAUAACCUGGCGUUAGGGCUGAUGCUGUGUGUAAUCCUGGGCUUGUUGCUGUGGAGCCUCCGCCUGGCCAAAGGGCUACCAGUUAUUCUGGGCAUCGGCGAAAGGCACAACAGCUUCCGGGCCGAGACCCUGCGCUCGCUCAAACCCAAACACAGAGCCAAGGCCAGAAGGAGCGAGGACCUAGAGACGCCGCUGCUCGACAUGGACAUCCUCCCACAGAUCAUCGACACGCUCCACAGACAACACAACAUCAAGAUUAAAGAAAUGUGAAUCAGACCUUUCGGUUCUACUCAUGUUUAAAGCUCAAGCUUUUCCUAAACUAAAAUAAACUCAAAUAAAGCUGG